UGCGAACUUUCAAACUAGCAAUGUUUAUUCUUAGACAACAGUAUACAUAAAAAAACCUACAAUAUUCUAUUGCCUUGCACAUUAUUCCUAUUGUUAAUAGCAAUCUUGACUUGUCUUUUAGCUUCAUCUUUGAACGCAACAGAAUUGAUUUUCUUUUCCAAUCUGCGUUCUUUUCUGUAGUCUUUCAGCGCUUUUUUACGUUCCCUUCUAUCUUCUGGCGUUUCGUCUUUGGGUCUUAUCGAAAGGGUGGACAGUUGAGAUAUCACAGAUUGACCUAGAGAAUUAACAAACAGUCUCAAACAGACGAGAAAUAGGUAAUCACUCACCAGAAUAUGAUUUGGGACCGGCAUUUGUCAUUUCAUCGUUUUCUUCGUUAAAUUGAUUCAAUGCUUUUGUGGUCAAUUUGUUGGCAUCCAAUAUAUUUUUCGGAAUUCCUGUGCGCUUGUCUAUUUGGAUUUUGUUGGUUUUAUUGUUCUGGAAUAAAGGAAGUCAGUGUAAAUUAACUCAGCCACAGAGAAUUUAUUUAAAAAUUGGUAGAUUUUUGUUGUUUUUUUUAAUAAAUUUGUUUAUCUGGUACAUAAAUAGUUUAUUAUAACUUAGCUAAUUUUAAAAAAAUUGGAAGAAUCUGUACAUGGCUCUCAAGAAAAAAAAGGUUUGCUUGCACAAACACCAUAAAACAAAUUGCUACAUUUUUUUUUAUAAAAAAGAACCAGUUAAAUUUGUCCGCUAGAAAACGUGAAAUGUCAUUUUAUUGAAAGCGUCAGAAAUUGUCAUUUUUUUUUAUAUAAAGUUUCCAACACUUGUAAAUCCUCAAACAUGGAUACAAUUUCAAACAGUCUACAACCGUACAAAGAAUGGGUGGCUCGAGUAGCUGCAGCAGCAACAAUUCUCCAGUUUUUCGCAGGAGUACCUAUUUGCUGGGAAAUUCACAAAAAGAAGAGCACCCGAGGCUAUAGUGCUUUGCCUUUUAUUGGAGGCACAGCCGUUGGAGUUCUUUUUCUACAGUACGGUCUGAUUUUAGGAGAUCAAACAAUGGUUCUGGUGAAUAUUGUAGCGAUUUUUUUGAAUGCAGUCUAUACAGGGUUUUAUUACACAAAAGCUGAAGAUAAGAAUGGAGAAGUAUUAAAACCGAUGGCAUACGCAGUGGCCCUGGUUGCCAUGUUAAUUGGCUACAUCAGACUUGAAUCGCCUAAUAAUGUUGAGUUUAGAUUCGGCCUCGUUUUAAUGAUAUUAAUGUUGACUUUGCUUGGAGUACCCUUGUUAGAUUUGAGAGAAAUUAUCAGGAAAAAAGACGCCUCGAGUAUUCCAUUACCUAUGACAGUGAUGGGUGCAAUUGUAACAUUCCUUUGGGCGCUGUAUGGAAUAAUUCUGCACAAUAAUUUUUUGCUUGUCCAAAAUUUGAUCGGUUUCAUCUUAUGUUGUGUGCAGCUCGGUUUGAUAGUUUUCUAUCGACGGAGCAAAACUGAAACAGCUGCAGAUCAGGCCCAAGGUUCAUAGAUUGCUUUACCAAGAGUUGCGAAACUAUUUUCUUCUAUACUGAUAUUUUUUUAUGUAGUCACAGUAAUUUAUUCUGUAUUAGCUUUUUCAACAAAACAAUAAAAUUAGUAGUAGUUAAAAUUAUAGCUGGAGACAGUUGAGUUUUGUUUUAAAGAUGAGAUUCUUGUGUAAGCAUGAGUUUUAUGUUAAAGGAUCAACAUUGAAAAUGUCAAUACAAAUUUUAAUCAUCAUUUCAGCUUAGGCAAAUUGAAAUAUUUUAUAAAUUGAGUUGUUGUUCGUCCAAAAGUCGCCCCCAGCUAAAAAUUAAAUUUCCUCUACGUUAACUCAGCCAAACUAACAUCUACAAAACAGCCCCUAAUUUAUAUCCAGCCAAGUGAAAUAAAUUGUAUUAGAGUUAUGAAGCCCCUCGCCUGUCAAGUAUCUGACUAUAAAAUCGAGAUGUUAGUUCAAGGUUGUCACCGCUUUAAUUAUCUGAAUAUAAAAUCGAGAUGUUAGUUCAAGGCUGUCACCGCUUUAAUUAUGCAAAUGAGGCAAUCCGAAUAUAAAAUCGAUAUGUUUAUGUUGGUUCAAGGAUGUUACCGUUUUUGCAUACAUUAAAUGCCGACUCAUAAAUGGGCAAUUACUUAUAGAAAAUUGAAGUCGGGUGUUUGGAAGAAGUCCGGAGAGGUCAGCAAAGGGCUGGAUAAGGUCUGGAGAAAUUUAGACAAGUCUGGAUAAAGUCUGGAUAAGGCUGGAUUAAGUCUGCAAAAGUUUGGAUAAGUUUGGAUAAAGUCUGGAAAAGCCAGAAAAUUUCUGGAAACGUCUGGAAAAGCCUCUAUUAGGUCUGGAGAAAUCUAGACAAGUCUGGAUAAAGUCUGGAAAAAU